CUCCCAGGCACCGGCAGCGGCGCCGAGCCCCUGCGGCUGCCGCACGCCCGCCGCUGCCGGCGGAGCCGAGCCGGACGGGGCCGGAGCGGCGGCGAUGUGGGGCGGCGGCGCUGGCCGUGCCCUGGGCUCCGCCACCAUCCGUGCCCUGGGGCGCCGGCGGGCCGGGGCCGCGCUGCUGGCGGCGGCGGGCGGUGACCGGACGGGCCUGAGAGGUUCCCCUCGGAGCCACAGCAGGAGAACGCAGCCGAGAUGCAGCAGUGCUGUGCCUGCCCCUCCGGCUGGGCUCCACGGCAGCAGGGUAACUGCAAGGAGGCUUUGCAGCACUUCACACUCAUCAGUGGAUUCUGCAGAAGUGAAGAAGUUCCAGCUGCUGGCCCACAAGUGGUGGGAUGAAGAGGGAGAAUAUUCUGCCCUUCAUGCUAUGAAUGACCUCAGAGUGCCAUUUAUUAGGGAUACUCUGCUCAGCAUGAGCAGCAGUUAUCAUCUGGGCAGUCCACUUGCAGGAGUGAAGGUCCUGGACGUCGGCUGUGGUGGUGGCCUGCUGAGCGAGCCUUUAGGCAGACUGGGAGCUUCGGUUACGGGAAUUGAUCCUCUGGAGGCCAACAUCAGGACAGCAGAUCAGCACAAGUCAUUUGAUCCAGUCCUGGCCAAGAGAAUACAGUACAAGCCCAGCUCACUGGAGGAGAUUGUGGAGGAGUCUAUGGAAACCUUUGAUGUAAUUGUAGCUUCUGAAGUAGUGGAGCAUGUGGCUGACCUCGGCUUGUUUGUCGAGUGCUGCUCUCGGGUGUUAAAGCCUGGAGGCUCUUUAUUUAUCACUACAAUCAACAAAACCCAGUUGUCCUAUCUGCUGGGCAUUGUGGUUGCAGAAAAACUUCUGGGCAUUGUACCAAGUGGGACACAUGAGUGGGAGAAGUUUGUUCCCCCUGAACAGCUGGAGCACCUCCUGGAAUCAAAUGGCUUUGCAGUGAAGGCUGUGCAGGGGAUGCUGUACAACCCCCUCUGGGGGUCGUGGAGCUGGGUGGGCAGCAGGAGCAUCAACUACGCCGUGCACGCCGUCAAGGCCCGGGGCCAGCCCAGCCCAGGAGAGGGCCUGCAGGAGCUGCAACAGCCCCCAGCUGGAGCUGCUGCCUGACAGAACUGCCCCCAGCAGCAGGCAGGAAGGCUGUGCCCAGUGGACACAAUAAACCUUCUGUCACUCCA